AUGCUGCAUCAAGCCAUCAACUACUACAUAAAGGAAGAAGCUGAAAACAUUCAGUUGUUUCAUCACUUGGGUUCAACCCUGGACCAAGAUAUUUGCUUGAAUGCUGGUGGAGUAAGCAAGGAAAACUCAUGUGCUUUGUGUGGGGAAUGUGAGGAAAGAAGCAAGGGAUUUGAGGCACAGGAAGAGGAACCCAGAUGUAAAAGAAAGAAAAAUGGGAAUCAAUCCAAUGAAGCAUCAUUAUCAGAGGAAGGUUUAGUAGAGCCACGGAUUGUGAUGCAAAGUUUUACAGAUUCUGAAAUAAAUGGAGAUGGCUUUCACUGGAGGAAAUAUGGGCAGAAGGUGGUGAAGGGAAAUCCAUAUCCCAGAAGUUACUAUAGAUGUACUAAUAUCAGAUGUAAUGUUCGCAAACAUGUGGACAUCAUGCUUGCGGGUUAAGGGGGCAAUUAACAAAAGCUAGACCACAUGAAAUACAAUCGCUGCAUGUAAACCUGGACCAAGAUAUUUGUUUGACAUGCUCCAC